CUCUCCCCUUCCAAGCUUGUGGGAUUGCCGCUGCCCGCCCGUCUGUUGCAUCCUUUCCCGCUUUUUCUGGCCUCUCCCACGUUUCCUGCGGGCCACUUUGAGUAUCCUCGCACACUUACACAUUUCCUUCCACCCACCCCCUACCGUCAUUGCGACAGAAUAGAGUGGGAGAGAGCGAUCCCGAGGGGGCCGCCCAGUUUGUCACCUUACCAUACCUUCCUUACCUGCCUACAUUAGAUCUAUACUCAAAUUCAACCUUUCCUCGUACUAUCUCCCUAACUAUCCUACCCUUUAUCGCUCGCGCGCUAUUCAUUCCUCAUCAAACCGAGCCACUUUCGGACUGGGCUGGACUUACACGAUACACUCUCCCUGAUCGGUUACAUCAAUCCAAAAUCAUCCUAUCUGGGCUCCAGUUGUUACAAACAACCCUCUUACGGGUCAUCUCCCGCUACCCCUCCUCCGCCCACCCUGCGUAAACCAACAAGGUACCUCUCUCUCUGCCUUCACCCCCCAGCCGCCGACCUGCAGAAAGCAACUCACGUCUCUGUCGCAAUACUGAGACGAACACGGCGAAGGGGUGCGCGCCCGGGUUCCGAUCCUUCCUCAUGUUUUCUAUGCCGUCUUUGGUCACCGUUAACAACAACGUUUCCCUGCUGAGCAUCACCAUCGCUCCAAGCACAUACGUCGCAACACUCACCCUAUCCUUCGUCUUCGUCUACCUAUACAUCGUCCAAGUCUCUUGGAAGCCUACCUUGGUCCCCAACAUCAGCUAUUUCAAGCGCACAAGUCGCAACACCAAGACCACUUCUGCAGAGGCCGCGGUCGAGCCGCCUCCUCUACCACCAACGCACACUUACAAGGCUCUUCCCGCUCCACCCGCCGAGGCCAGCGGCGCACUCGUCCGUCGCAACAACCGCCACUCCUCUCAAAAUUACGGAUAUCACCAACAGCAUUAUGAUGAUGGCUUCGAAGCCGCCGGCCAUGACCUUCGAUCCUCUCGAUCACUUAGACGCCUCCUUGGCCGACUUCGAGCCGACGACCCCACCCCCGAACAAGAGGCCCACGACCGGGAACUUGUUCGGCUACCCGUCGCACCACUCGGGGUUCCGGUCCGAGGACAACGAGAGCGACCUGGGUCCGGACCCCGAAAACUCAGUAUCCGCCGGUGGCUACAGUCCUCCGGCCUGGCGCCGCCUCGGAAACGGGAGUCGCGACAGCGGCUUCUGGCGCAGGAGUGAUGACCUCCUCGGCGCAUUUGCCCCGUCUCGUCGCGCCUUCGGCGCCACAUCGCGGCAGUCGAGCCCCGACUACGACAGCGACGGCGACGAGCAUGAGUCGGUGUUGCGCAAAGCCAUGCGCACAAGGUUGCCGACGGGUAGCAUGAGUCCCGAUAAGAGGCGAUCGCCGAGCCCCGAGCCCAAGAUGGAGAAUACCACGAUUAAACUGGAGGAUAUCCCGUGGAAGGAGACAAGUCCGUCGGAGGGCACGUUGAAUCAAGAUAACUAUAUCAGGUUCGCAUUGCGCGCCGAAGUCCAGCAGCGCACAGAACCAAUCGAGGCUCUCGUCCACUUCUUUCGCUCAAAGUGGCGCUUCCUAACUCACUCGUGGUCGUCCACGGUCCUGUCUAUCCUCGUUGCUGUUCUCGCCAUCACUGCGACACGCAACCUGUUCCAGCCCGCCGCGCAACAGCCCGUCCCCGAUCUGGUCAAGGUCGCCGGCAUCGCGCGCUCCUUCGAGCCGCUCAUAUACUUUUCGGAGAACGGUGUGUCGCAGGUGGGCGAUCUGCAGGCAACAGGUGUCGCGGUAUGGGAUCUCGGCGAGAGCGUGCGCUCAAGCAACAUGACGUCUGCGCCCAUUAUCGUGAAGGAGCUGGAUGAUCUCAGCGACAGUCUAAAGACCCUGGCUGUUGAGUUGACCAAGUUUUUCGCAAACGUUGACGGUGAUAUUGAUGGCAUUCUCAUCGUCAUGGACUGGGCGCGCAGAGAGCUUUCUCAAGUCCAGCAUUUGCCGUCCUCCCCCUUCACCGCCGCCUUUGACAACAUCCACAACCUUCUCUCCGAGGCCGGCGUACUCGAAGACGGCUUCGGCACCCCAACCCGCCUUGGCUCCUUCUCGAGGUACAUCUUUGGCAUGUCUAACCCGCAGCGCACCCGCCUCGCCCUCCAGCGCACUUUCAAUGAGUUCCUCACUGUGCUCGAAGACGCCAUCAACUCUGAACUUCAACACUCUCUUGCCCUUUUCGCCUUGUUCGAGGCGAUUGAUCAUCAAUUUCUCAACCUUGCUCGCACAGUCGUCCGCGAGGCCUCGGCGCAAGACGACAUGCACGCCGACUUGUUGUCGUCACUCUGGACGCGCAUCUUGGGCGCCAACGCCGCUGAGGUGGCCAAAUAUGAGCGGAAUCGCAUGCUGCUGCAAAAUGUGAGGGAGAAGACGGUGCGGAAUAAAAGCAUCCUCGUCGAGCACAACGGCAAGCUCAUGGCGCUCAAGGCCAAUCUUGAGAAUCUGCGGCGCAAGCUGGUUAGUCCGCUGGUCAGGUCUGUUAACUCGAGUACCUUGACUCUUGACGAUCAAAUUCGCGGACUCGAAGACGUCGGCGGAUAUCUCGAGGGCGUGCGCACCCGGCAGAAGGGCAAAUUGAUGGAGAUGCUCUAUGGCAAUGCGGGGAACAACCGCCAGCUCCUGGAGGAGCGGACGUACGGUCGUACAGCCUAAGGGCAUCAUGGUUUGGAUUCCGUUUCCACCCAUUGUUCUUUGGCGUUGCCAUUCUUGUUGCUUGUCCCUGUAUACUGCCGUGACAUACUAGGUGGCUGUUAGAGGGAAAACACCCGCGGCGUUUUUGCUAAACCGGAUAGACAUUGACUAAAGCACCGAAAGAGAUGCCAAUGUCUCGCACGCAUUUACAUGGGAGUUGGGGAUGGUUCAUGGGGAAACUCUAUGUAUUGGAUGGAAACAAAGGGUUGUACUAAGGACUACCUACCGACGCCGAGCGUAUGCAGCUGGUGGAACCCACUGGGGUAUUUGGGGGAUGGUCUGCUCUAUCAUGAGUUUUCGAGAAGGAGGCAGUGAAGGACUGGCUAUUUUCUUUCAGGCUAUGUUGUCAGGCGUUUGGGUUAUGGAAGGAUUUCGUCUAUACUGGAGAUUCAUGUCGGGAAAGGCUUUGUAUUUAAAUAAAUGAAACCACUAUAGAGGACGCCACCAAGGCCGAGAGUUGAACGAAUGCACUUGUGGUCGGGCAUAAACCAGAUCAUGUAGCGACGGUUUGCAAAGGAC